AUGCCUGCCGACAGGCUGCUCAACACGGUGCUGCAGUACUACCAGGACGUCCACGAUGGCCCCAAGACGGACCAGAUCAUCGGCGCCACCACGCACCUCCUGACGCACUUGUCCAACCCGCUCAACCUCGGCGUCCUCACGUCGCAGCUGCUCGCCGCGCCUGCCAUAUGGCACCGUCAGGAUGGCCCGCGCACGGCGAUGCGCAUCAUCGGCAUCUAUCACACUGCGGCGGUGCGCGUGCACGAGAUGGAAACCGAGGAGCGCGACAAGCACCUGCCCACACCGGCACUCCCUCUGCUGCAGCAGAGAGAAGGCGGCGGCGGAGGCCUGCGAUGCGAUGAAUGGACCCGCGCCGUCGUCAAGGGCGCCGACGACCGCUCCAGGAGGUGGCAGCACCUGCUCGUCCUGACGGGCGUGCUGAUGGGCAUGGAGGGCAGCGACCGACGCGCCCUAUCGCGAGGGCUUCGUAACACCCUUGAGCAAGCCGUCGUCACCGCCGCCAACCUCGCUCUCGAGCACAAUGUCGAGGACGGCCUCCUGGCCGCUGCGUCCAUCGUCACGGCCCUCAACUUCGCGUUCCCCCUGCUCUCCGACCAUUACAAGACGCAAAUCAACUGCAGCGCCUUGCUGCCCAUGACAAUAUGGGCCAUCACGGGCGAGGAGGGCUUCUGCGACGGCGAAUUCCUCAAGGCUGUCGCCCGGGACACUGCCGUCAACGCGGCGCAUGCCCUGCACUGGCCGGCCAACGCUCCGUCGAGCCAGCUCCUGCAGGACAUGGACAAGCAGCCGCUCAUGGCCAACAUGGGGCCGCUUUCCAAGCUAGCGGGCUUCGCGGUAGAGCAUGCGCACGACACGGCGGCCGUGCUACACGCACAGGAUGCUCUUGUGGUGUUCACCCAAAGGGUCCUCGACAACUGGCAAAAGACGGCUUUGAGCAGCGUCGACCCUUCCUUCGAGGACACAUACCUCACGCCGGAGACGCGGCAGCGCACCUGGCCCAUGCUGUGGCAAACGCUCCGCAAGCUCCUUUUUGGCGCCGUGGCCGUCCUUCAGACCAUGGUCUCCCGCAGUUUGCUGGAUCCCAAAAUGCUCGCCCACGGCAUGGGGCCGAGCAUCGCCGCCAAGUCGCUCCACAUCCUCCGGAACCUCAGCUUCAUCUCGUCCCGCCAAGGCAACAGCUCCUUUCAAGUCUAUACCUUUUCCUACCUCACGUCCAUCGACGUACUCACCAGAGAUCCCGUCGUCUGUGACGGUUUCCUGAGAGAGCUGCGGCCGGCGGACGUGGCUCCAAUACCCAUGACGCAUCUCCAGAGGACUCUGGAUCUCUUCUACCUCAACAUCGCCGAGCACCUGCCGCUCACGCUGUCCGUGGACUCGUGCGAGAACCUCAUCGUCAAGCCAGCAAUGACGUAUCUGUCCCACGACGGUCCCAUGUCGCCGUCCAUGAUCGAGUUGUUUGAGUCAGCACACAGCGCUAUACUCUCAGUCCUUUCGUGUCCCCAGCACAGCCCCCUCACCAUCAAGCUCACGCCCUUUUACAUUGUAAAACUCUUCGAAUCCUUUCCGCACCAAAUCUCUCCCCGCCAGUUCCGGGUUGCCUUCAAGACCGUCAUGGAAAUCGUCUCGCCGCCUUUCCCCAUCGCGGCCAUGGAGCCGCAAUUAUCCGAGACGCUGCUCGAGAUGCUGCGGUCCAGCCUGCCGACUGCGUCCACGGCGCCCCUCCCGCCGACGCCGGACACGCUGUCGCGCAAUGGCGAGGCAGCAGAGGACGAGGCGCCGCUGUCGGCACAGAGCGCGCUGGUCAUGACGCUCAUCGACUCGCUACCGUUUCUGCCCCUGCCGCUGGUCGAGGAGUGGCUCGCCAUCACGGCACAGGCCAUGAACGAGAUCGCGGACCCGCGCCUUCGGACUCCCGUUAGGGACCGGUUCUGGGACGUGCUCGUCAACGGCGAGAUGGACGUGGAGCGGUCCACCAUUGGCGUGGCCUGGUGGGGGACCAAGGGCGGGAGGGAGCUGGUGCUGUUUGGUGCUCAGGGCGAGGCGCCAGCCAUGCCCAUGAUGAGCGGUGCGCUGUUGAGCGACGGUGACAAGUCGAGCCGGCUGUGA